UUCCUUUUUUAGGGCAUGCACAAGAGGUGCGUGAUCCUCAAUAUUCCCGGUCUCUUCUCUGUGUUGUAAAGGUGCUGUUUAAUAUUCGCUACUAUUAUUUUGUUGAUCAAAAAUAAUAUGGCGAAGUUUGAUCUGACGGCCCGAAUAGGGCAAUACCUUGAUCGGCAUCUGGUAUUCCCGCUGUUGGAAUUUCUAUCUGCAAAGGAGAUUUAUGACGAGAAUGAGCUUCUACAGGCGAAAUUGGACAUCCUGAGCAAAACCAACAUGAUCGAUUACGCCAUCGAUAUCAGGAAACAACUUUAUCCGAAUUUCGAAGUACCGGAGGAACUUAACGAACGCCGUAAUCGGGUAUUGCAAGAGCUUGGUGAUCUUGAAGAUAAUGCCUCAGUCAUCUUGAAAUUGAUGAGCGAUGAUGAUACUAUGGAAACUAUGGAAAAAAUGAGGGACUCGAAGUCACUCAACCACUUUCUCCUCAAGGAAUCAGAUUUCAGAGUGGAGAUGAUGGAGAGCUUGGUCAAGUUGGCAAAGUAUCGUUAUGAGUGCGGAACCUACUCGGUUUCAACGUCGUACUUGUACUUCUACAUGCUUGUGAUGCCACCAACCGAUAGAAACUACUUGGAUGUCCUGUGGGGAAAAUUGGCAUCGGAAAUCUUAGUUCAAAAUUGGGAAACUGCGCUGGAAGACGUUAAUAAACUCAGAGAGUACAUAGACAGUAACGCUAUUGGCAACACUCUUCAGGUUCUUCAACAACGCACUUGGCUCAUUCACUGGAGUCUGUUCGUUUUCUUCAAUCAUGUUAAAGGCAGGGACCUUAUCAUUGAAAUGUUCUUGUACAGACCACACUACUUGAACGCAAUACAGACAAUGUGUCCGCAUAUUCUACGCUAUUUGGCAACAGCGGUAAUCAUAAAUCGAUCGAGGCGGUCUACCCUGAAAGAUCUGGUGAAAGUUAUCCAACAGGAAUCCUACACGUAUCGGGAUCCAAUCACUGAAUUUUUGGAGCACCUGUAUGUGAACUUUGAUUUUGAUGGAGCUCGUCAGAAACUGCAAGAAUGUCAGACGGUCGUCUUCAAUGACUUCUUCUUAAUUGCUCUGCUGAAUGAGUUUGUCGAAAACGCUAGAUUAAUGAUAUUCGAAACAUUCUGCAGAAUCCACCAAUGCAUCAGUAUUGAUAUGUUGGCUGAAAAACUUAACAUGAAAGCUGAUGUUGCGGAAUGUUGGAUAGUCAAUCUAAUUCGCAAUGCAAGAUUGGAUGCAAAGAUUGACAGUAAGCUGGGACAUGUUGUUAUGGGUGGACAGCCAGCUUCUCCGUACCAACAGCUGGUUGAAAAAAUCGAGACUCUGAGCGUGCGAAGUGAAGCUCUGGAGAAUCUUAUUGAGCGGAAAUUGAAGGCGAAAAAUCAGGAUUCAGUUAGCAUAGUCUGGAAUUAGCAAAGGUUCUACAAUGUAUAAAGAUUUCCACCAUUUUAAACAUUUUAUAAUCAGGAUAACGAUGUUCAGACGAAAAACGAAGAAUUUUGUAACAAACUUCCACCGGAUGUGUACCGUUUUUCUACAGUCAUUUAAGAUCACCAUGUCAAGUCAAUUUCGUUGUAAGCAGUACAUACGUGAAAUGAAUAAACUGAUUCUAAUGAAAAGAA